AUGUUAACCAGUUGGAAAACUUGGUGCCGCCUGUGCGCGAAAGAAAAAGCAGUACUAAAGCUAGAAUCGGUUCACGAUAUAAAUAUGAUAAUAUCAAGCUUGCUGGACGUGUCGAUUUUGGAAAUUAAAGAUGUGCCCUCGAACAUAUGCGAAGAAUGUCUCAGUUUCGUCAACAAGCUCGAACAUUUCAAAAACAAAUGCAAUCAAACGAAUCGUUUGUUUGCAUACCUGACGAAGUACUCCCGGAUGGGAGUACAAAAAUUCGACCUAAAGCAAAUACGAUCUACUUUUCUCGGGAAGCAGGAUUUAGAAGACGAAACGAGUCAGUUAUGUGAGGAUUUGGAUUCCGAUACGAAACAGUUUUUGAGCAUUGAUCCCGAGCACGUUACUGAACACAUUGAAGGGCUCGAUAAAGUUCAGGAUGGAAAUUCGGAGAUUUUCUAUCAAGUCGAUUCACUGGCCAUUUCCUCUUCCCAACAUGAGUUUGAUAACAAUGCUGCCGACACGGAGCAAUGGGAAAUGCUAGAAGUGGAAAUGGAAGACUACGGCAAUCAAAUGGAGGCUAACGAUGAAAAUAUUGAAGAUAAAAUAGAAAAAUAUUCCGAUUCCGAACAGUCCGAGGUCGUAAAUCGCACAGCAAUAAGAGCAAAAAGACGAAAACUCAGUAAUCCACUGGACAACAAUCCUUCGAACGACGAAAGCUUAUCGCACAGCACACGCCAUAACACACGCCUUUCCACUAACCAGAGUGCGUCUUUUCGGGAAGUGUUUCAAUGUAAAAUCUGCUUCAAAAUCUGCAGCUCCAGCGCGAAUCUGAAAAGGCACGAAAUUAACCAUUUGCCGGAAGAUGAGCGGCAUCGUUUUGCGUGUACAAUGUGUGACAAAAAGUUCAACACGACUUUUAACCUGAAAGCUCAUAUGCAAAUAGUACACGAAGGGGUGAAACCGUUCAUUUGUGAAGAAUGCGGCAAACCGUUCAAUUCAAAGGGUGCUUUGAAGGAGCAUUAUAUCGUACAUACCGAGGAACGGCCUUUCCAGUGUGCGUACUGUACAAAACAGUUUAAAAAUGCUGCCCAUCUCAAGACUCACGAAGAUACACAUAAUGACACCCUAUACGUUUGUCCGCACUGUGGCCUGAAACUGAACACAAAGCGUACACUCAACAUGCAUAUGGUUGUUCACUCGGAUCAGAAGAAAUUCAAAUGCCAGGAGUGUGGUAACGAGUACAAGCGCUCGAAAGCACUCAAAGCACACCUAAUCCUGCACACCGGCCUACGACCGUAUCAAUGCCCUUUUUGUGAUAAAACGUUUGCCAAUGGUUCUAAUUGUCGCAGCCAUAAGAAGAAAUUUCAUCCACGCGAGCUGGAGGCGCUGGAAGCAUCGGGUGAACAAAAACCCACCUCCAAUAUUCCCAAGCUGGAGCAUCUACAGCGCAACCUAAGCGAUGGUAAAACCGUUGAUUAUACCAGGAAGCAGAUGCGUUCGUCCAUCAAGGCACCAAACAGUAACAAAACAAAACCAAGACUACAAGAAACGCUAACCGACGAGGAUGAUCAGAUGCAGGAGGGCAAUCAACUAAGGAGUUGA